UAUAUAUAUACCACCACUCGAUCUCCUUGUGUUCUUGGAAUAGUUGACGUUGUUGCUGCUUGAUCUACUAUCAUAUCAUACCAUGGCAACGGCAUCUACUACUGGUACUGGUUCAGUCAAAGAGAUUGGACGCAUUGUUCGAAAGAAGAAAUUCCAACGUCAUGUCAGCCUCGCCAUUCGCAACGACGGAGCCGUCUCGGUCCCGGUCCUCGUCGACCGCGAAUCUUCGUGUCUUCCAUGGUGCUGCUUGGGGGCGUGGAUUGAAGUCGAGGGAGUCCCGUCCAAAGACGGAAAACACAUCAUGGCAGCUCAAGUGACACUGAUACAGUGCGCUCCGGAUCCCAACGCGGUACUGCUGUGUCUGAAGCUAAUGACAAUUAACGACGACGACCAACAACAACUGCCUCUGCACGUCUUGUCAUGCAAGACGCAGUUGCAAUCGCUGGAUCAAGUGACAGAAAUUCUACAAGCCAGUCGAGACGUUCAGCGAAGAGAAAUCGCACAAUUGGUCCGACAAUUGAAUGGAUUGGAUGCCAAACGAAUAGCCUGUCAGAGAAAACCACAUACACGCCAACGGCAUUUGAAACUGCUCGAGAGAAUCGAAGGAGCGGUGCCCUUGAUGGAAAUUGUCGUCAAAAAUGACGAUGUCAAAAACAACGAUGAAGGAACCAAUUCAACAGUGGAUCCACACGAAGUAGUAGUAGUGGAGCUUCCUAUUAUCAAUCUUCCACAGAACAAUGACCACAAUGACAGCCAUCAUGAUGACGUGCCAAGCACGGAGCGAUUGGAGUAUCUGAGACAAAAGAAAUGGCCUCAGAUUCAAUGGAUACUCCAACGGUUGUCUCAUCAAAUGGGGGGCGAUUUUCGUCACGUCUUGGAUGUGGGUGGGGGGCGCGGCGAUCUAGCAGUGGCCAUUGCCAGAGCCUUUCCCACGGCACAUGUCACGGUAGUGGAUCAAAAUGAACCAUCCUUGGAGGCUGGAAGGGAGUAUGCGCGACAGCUGGGGUUGUCGGUUGCGACGAGUAGUUCAAAAGAAGGAGAAGAAGAAGCAACUAUGGGGCAAAUGAGAUUUCAUUGUGCCAACUUUGCGAGCUUUGUGGAAGAGUAUCAUCAUCAGGUCCAUCAAGAAAAUCAACCAGAAAACCAAAACAACAACAACAACAGACCAAUUGAUGUGGUAGUGGCGCUCCAUGCCUGUGGAGACCUGUCGGACUUGGCACUUCAAUUUGCACACAGAAUACAAGCAAAAUUUACAAUUUGCCCCUGCUGUUACACCAAGCGAUACAUUGGCCAAUAUGAACCUCUAUGGAUGCAACACUACAAGCAUUGUUUCCAGCAAUCAACUGGUGUUGUGCCUCAGGAGACACCAUGUGAACCCAACAACAAGGACAAUCUACCAGUAGCUGGUGGCUGCAAUGACUCAUUGGAUGACGAACCACAACAAAAGAACAAGGAGUACAAUCCGUCUUCUGACGAACAAAUUGCAGUUGUCCAGAGAUUGGCAGAGCUCAAUGAAAGUCCAGAGGUGUCCCACAGAGCGAUGCAUGUCAUCAACUCGCUGCGGCUGCAAUCUCUCUUUUCUCAAAAGGAUUGCAAUGAUGACACAACUGAUGAUCAAAGAAGCAGGAAAUCUCAUUCACAAGUAUCCGUGGAGUUGCAAGAAUACCAUUCAAAGAUUUCCAUGAGAAACAUUGUCUUGGUUGGUAAAUAAGAAAAGGAAAAUGACGUGUGUUGUUUGCCAUGAAAAAGGGGAGGGGGGAAUAGUUAGUAAAUCGCUAUUGCCAAAGGCCAAUGAAAAUUGCUGAGUUGCUUUGUUAGACAACUCCUUUGAACUCGAGGACCGUCAGGUGUUUCAAUGACAUGAGCUGGGAAUCCUUCCUUAGACUUUCCCAAAAAUGGAUAAAGACUUUGGGACUUUUGGGGGGGGGGGGAUGAUCCAUUACCCAUUGGCAUGAUGGUAUGUGGUUUAUAUGUAUCUUGAUCUAAUCUUCAACGCAUUAAAUAUUCAAGACAAAGACUAUGACUCCCCAAUGUCACUGCCAAGACAACAGGAGGGAGUUGGUUUGUUGCGUAUUACAGGCUGAGCCCUAAAAUAAAAUGGUUUCAGCAGGGCAAAAUUCUGCACCUAGAGGGCGCACCCGUCGGUGGCAAAUAUUCUGCACCUCGGGGGCACACACCUCAGCGGCAAAAAAUCUGCACCUCUAGUACCGGUAGACUGCACCUCGGUGGCAACAAAUCUGUACCUCUGGGGCACGCACCUUGGUGGCAAAAAUACUGUACCUCUGCUGUGCGCAAAUUUUCUGCGCCUCUGCUAGCCAGCUAGAUGAUGUACCUUAGCUAGCUGCAGGCAUAGCUGGUAGGGGCUACAUGUACGCAGCUCAAAAGGAUCAACCACCAGGACAUUUGUGAUUUGUGAGUUACCGCUUUGCUGUUGGUAGUACUGAAACCUCUGGUUUGCUUCCUUGACAACAGCAAGAUUUUGAUUUACCAUGCCUGCGAUAAAAACAAGAUGCUCUUCCACCGUGGCUUGUAGCAUCUUCAUGUUGCUCGUUCUGAGUGUAUCUGUAUCAGCCGUGGGUUUGGAUGCAGUGGGUGAAGAUCCCGUUAGCUAAGCCUGAGGCCUGGACAUUUGGAUGGGAAUCCAUUGUAUCCUUUCACUUUCCCUUGGCUCGUCGGGGCAGGAUUGGAUGCACAGCUGUCCAUUGCACGUGAUAACCUCAAGAAGAAAAAUUCCAAAGGAAGACCCUGCAAAGCAUGUGUGGCUUGGUCGACGCUUAGCCUACAAGUGGCUGCACCAGGAAGCACUCUCCGUGCACGCUAGACUACUCUACUCAUAGCAUACUCCACUUGCUAGCUAGCUAGCUAGGUAUGCUGCAUUGUUACAUUGUUACAUCUUGGGUAAGGUCAGUGCACAGUUUUCUGCGAGGCCUACUACCUGGUAGGACAACCAAGAAAAGCCAAUCUUUCUUCCGCCUACACGUCCUAUGGACCACGUAGAUCGUCACGUUUUGUUGUUUGUCGCAGUGUUGUCAAAAGCUGUGUUAUUAAUUAAGACUUCGACCCCGCUUGCAGUCGCAGGACAAAGGUUGAACCCAGUACUCGGUCUUGGGAAAUGCACUUCUAAGAAUAGCGAUGAGAUGGCUACCACUACGGCAUAAACCAUUGAGGAGUUGCUUGUUAAAAGUCAAAGCCAUGUUGAAACCAUUCACUUUUCUUGUACCAGUACGGUAUGCAAUGCCAACGUUUGUUGAGUCGAGUCGGGACAACUGUCAUUGAUACGUCUGAGAAAGAUACGACAAUGACGAUUUUGAGAUGUCGUCUAAAAGUCGUAUCA